AUGGACGCCGAUCAGGCCUUCGAAAUCGUCACUAAUGGGAAAUCACUAGGAUGGUACUCCUACUACACAUUUGGGCUUCAAUUGACAACGCAGGUUCUUGUCGCUUUUCAAAUGUGUCUCAUGGUCAUCCUAACGCCGAUUUUGAAAAAUGAAGAAUGGCCCUGGCACCUGAGCGAGUUGCAAGUGUCUUUGGCAAGUUCAAUCUAUAUGCUUGGUGUCAUGGGUGGCAACUUUGUGAUGGGGAUCGUCGCUGAUACUUAUGGCCGCAAGCGCCCAUAUUUUGCAGUGCUUCCUUUGUUGAUUAUCCUUCAAGUAUUCGGAACGCUUUGCUGGUCUGUCAACUCUUUUCUUGCAUUUCGCCUUGUUUCCGGCUUUUUGACAGGCGGUCUUGGCCUCGUCGGUUUCGUUUACCAGCAAGAGUUGCUGCCAUCAAACGUCUGGGCCAUUUCUGGCAACAUUUCGCCAGGUGUAUUUGCAAUCGGAAUCGCUUUCCUCGCUCUUAUCGGACAAUUAUUUGACUCCUACUCUACGAUCCUCCUCAUUUCCAGUCUUCCUUUUAUUUUCUCGCUCUUGCCCUUAUUUAUUGGAAUCCCUGAAUCGCCGCGGUGGCUGCUUUCUCAAAACCGCAUUGAUGAAAGUGCUGCUGCUUUUGUCUUGCUCGCUAACAAGAAUGGCAUCAAGAUGGACCCACCUGAGUUAAAGUCCCCGCCUGCUGGUGAAGCCGCUGGAUGUAUGAUGAUUUUUAACAAAGCAGUAAUUUCCCGUGUAACGAUCAUGGGCAUUCUAUGGUUUUCCGCUUCUCUUUGCUAUUAUGGUUUGACUCUCAACCUAUCAGGACUUCAUCCUAAUCCAAACGUUUCUCUUUGCCUUUCUGGACUGGUCGAAAUUCCUUCCUACAUUAUUGCAUUUUACCUCAUGGAGUCCGAAUUCUUCGGCCGCCGUCGCUCAACUUCCCUUUCUUUCUUUGGCGUCUUUCUAGGCUGUUUCUCGACAAUCUUCGCACUCAUUCAUCACGCCGGUCAGGAAGGCUCUUCUUCCGCUGUCUUGGGAUCGGCGAUGUUUGGCAAGCUCUGCGUGGCAGCAGCAUUCUCCUGA